AAACCCACAGAACAACUGACACGCAUGUGACAGUCACUGUGGACGUCAGUGACAUUCCCAAGAGAGGCACCAAGAAAUCUCUUCCCUGUCUGAGGUUUCCCAGACAGAUAGAGUAGUAUCAGGCCCAGAGCCCAGGAGUCCUGGCUGCCAGCCGCAGGCCCCCUCUCUUGGUCAGGGAAAGAGGUUGCCUAGGCAAAGCUGGGCAUUACACAGCUAAUCCGGGCUCAGACCUGAGUCCUCGGAUCCCUCCCUUUGGGGCAGAAGAAGGGGGGCAGGUCAGAGCCAGCGGGUGGAUUCCUUCCUCAUCUGUCUCUAACUGGGUCAAAGGAAUACAGGCUGAGGGAGAGGCAGGUUGGGGAUGCUGGGGACAGGAGAUGCUGGGCAUGAGGGGGGAUGGAAAACGGAGAGUGAGGGAAGGAUCCUCUGUUCAUUCAGUGCCAGGCUCUGGGCCAAGCACUUGCCAUGUGUUACCUCCUUAAUCCUCCAAAACUCCAGCCUCAGGAAUGAUGAGCCCUGUUUUCAGAAGCAGGGUAUCAGCAUUGCUGAGUGGCCUUCCCAGGAUGACACAACUGCCAGAACUCGGCCUGAGGUCUCCUAACCACAAAUCCCCCACUGGUCCCCACCCACUGGAGCACCUACUUGCCAGGCUUCUCAAGUGAAGAAGGAGAUCCACUCCGAUGUCAUCUCCCAGGAGCCUUCUCUGCAGCAUCUCAGGUCCUGGCUCUCACCUCCUCAGCACCCAUCCCAUCCUGUGUCACUCUGUGUAUCAGCCUCCCCAGCCAGCCUCCAGGCCACAAGCCAAGAGGUAUCAAGGGCUCCUCCCUGUCCCACUGGCCCCACAUCCACUGUGUCUAUCUGGUCAACUUUACCUUCCAAACAUUCCCUGCACAGUGAUAGAUGGCUGUGGCCCUGUCAUCUCUCACCUGAAAUUAACAAUGUAUCCUUGGGGCCUCCCACCCUCACAUCUUGGCUCCUCCAGCCCCUUCUCUGCAAACAUGGAACAGUGGGAUUAUUAUAAAUCUCAGACCAGUUUUGCCCCUUUCCUGCCUGAGAGUUUUUGUGGUUCCCCACUGCCCUCAGAACAAAGCUCAAGACCCUUUGGCCUGGCAUUCAAGGUCCUUUGUGCUGCCACCUGUCAACCUCCCCAGUUCCAGCUCCUUUGGCUUUGCCCAUACAAGCUGGAUCUGCACCAGAGGAUCUGUCUUCCUCCCAACUUGGCCCUAGUCCUCCUAGGAGCCCUUUGGACGUCACCUCCCCCAGGAAGCUUUCUGCAACCACCCUACAACCGUCCCUAUAAACUUUAUAAAACCAAUUAGGGAAGAAGUAGGGGGAAAAGAUGAAAAUAAACCAAGCCUGCAGCAUACUCAGCAUUCAUCAUGAGGUCAGCUGCUCUCUGACCUGCUUCCUCAUGGCUGGUUGGUGCCUGUUGUCCCGGAGUGACAAAGACACUAGAUUAUAGCUGCCCUUAACUGCUGUAUAAAUAACAACUUGAACAUAAAAUGCUAAAUUUUCCUUUUGAAGUAUUCCUUCAUAUCCUGCAUGCUGAUAAAACUACUGACUCAACUGGUCCCCAUGAGGAGCUGGCUCACCAAAGAAUGCGGUUUCCAAUCCCAAUUAUUUCAUGCCCCUUGCUUAGGCAAUCAACAAUCCCAAAUUUCCAGCCCCUUGCCCUCCACAAUCUCCUUAAAAAAUUCAGUCCAAAAUUCCUUGGGGAGAUGGAUUUGAAGGUCUCCUCCCAUCUCCAAACUUGAUGCCCUGCAAUCAUUAAACUCUUUCUGUGCUGCAAACCCUGCUAUCUCAGUGUAAUUGGUCUGUUACUGCAUACAUAUGGGCAUACAAACCUGUUGGUCCUACAACAACC